CUCUCAGCAAUCACAAGAACUGUUUGAUUCUGUCGGUUCACAAGAAAGCGCUGAACCCCUGCCACUGUUGACUGUUACAGCACCAACACCGGCAAUGUCUCAAGCGCAGGGUGAAAAAAUUAUGCUGAUGCUGGCAGAUAUUUUGAAGGAACAGAAGGCUCUCAAAGAGGAGGUGAAGAAAUUGACUGGACAAGGACAGCAGAAAAAUGUGUCCAAGAACAUUUCAAUUGAAGGAUCCCCAAUUGAGUUGACUUCUCCUGUUCCAGCACCUAGGAUUAGGAAAAAGAAAACUGAGGAAACUGAGAUUGAGGAAUUAUCCAUCCAUCAUCAGGUAGAGUCUGAUGAUGACAGUAUUUAUCUCCCAGCGGAAUACCCUGUACAGAACGAAGAUACGUCUGAGGAUGGAAGCAUUCCCACUUUAACUGGUGACGAUCAGGAAAGUGCGGAGUGCCUGGAGGAAGGAUCAAGGGAGGACGCUCCUAAUCAGAACACAGAGGCACCUGAUGAUCCUGAUACCAGCAAUAGCAGUAGCAGUAGCAAUAGUAGUAUUUCAGGAGUUAUUGAUGAUACUCAGGAUGAAAUACACGAAGAUGAUGAUACUGAUGAUGAUGAUCAGAAUAUCCCAAGAAGGUCAACAAGAGUUAGACAAAAGCCAAAAUGGAUGGAAAACUUUGUAUGCAGUCAGUUAGCAUACCAACCAUGCAAAUGGAAAGAGAAAGUGUUAUGCUUUAAGGAAAGGGCAUCUGAAUUGAAAGAAAUGGACAAAGAAAUGUCAAAAGAGUUUUUAAAAAUGUUUAUCAAGAAAUUUUGAUUGUAUUGUUUUCAGAUUUAUAUAUGUGAUUUUAUUUUUUUUUUGCAGACUCAGAAUUGGUAAGUCUCCUUUAAAUGACGUGGAAGUCAUUUUAAAAGGAGGGGGAGUUUGUAGGAGUUACAGAUUUAUUAAUUAUGAAAUUAAUAAAUCUAUAAAUAAAAGUAAUUAAUUUAUUGAUAAUUAAAUUAAUAUAAUUAUGUUUUAAUUAUUGUACAAAUAAACUUAAAACUUAAUACUAAAGUAUAUAAUAAAAUCUUUAAUAAACUUAAAAUUCUGGUCAUGGUCAAUUGAAUAGAAUAGGCAGCUAUCUUGACCAUGGUAUAAAUUGCCUUAGGGUUGUAAUUAAGGUUCUGGCCAAAUAUAUAAUGUAUCUAGGUAUUCAAUUGGUUUUUAGUUUUGUCUUCUUUGAUUUUAUUGGUUGUUGAUAUUUCCCUCCAAAUUCUUGGAGCUGGUUUGUCAUAUUUCUUUGUCACAUCAAAGAGAGUGGAGGUUUUUCAUAAUCUGAAAGCUGACUUUUGAAACGUAACAAACUCUACCUCUUGGUAAGUUAACAUUACUAAUUCUAAUAAUUUGAUUAAUAGUUAUACAUUUCAUUAACAGUGAAUUCUAUAAUUUUGCCAAAUUAAAACAAUAGCUCAUGCACAGUAAGAGUGAAUGAUUUUGUGAGAUAUCAACUUUUUAAUAGAUAAGAAUAACAUGAAUAUGUUCACUGUUUUUAUCCCUUUAUAUUGUGAACAUAAGUACAAGUUUAUUAAUGUAAACUUUACAAUAAUUUGUAGUUGCCAUACCAGAUAGUACACUGUACAUACCAUAGAGUUAUAAUACUGUACAAGAGCGCAUUCCCAUAGAAUGGGCUAUUCAUUUGUUUACCAUCUAUCUUAAUAAAUAUUGGAGAUGCCCACAACCCUAACAGGCGUUGUUUGAUUUCUUCAACAUUCAACAAAUAUACCCCCUGUUACAUUUGUAGAGAGAAUAUGUUAUCUGGCUUAAGGAGAAAUUUAGCGUCAACCCCUGGAUUUCCUUUCAGGAGCCAGAAGUACAGGAGAAGCUCGGUGAACUUGCCCGGAAAGCUGGCUGGCCUGGACAGGCAAUAAUUGUUAUGUCUAGCUUUGGAU